AUGACGACUGAAGCAAUUCAUUCAACUGCCACCCAACAACUGGUCGCCGUCUCAGCCCAGAUUCGACCUCAAUGGCGAGAAGUUUCUUCCACUAUUCACAACACUUCAUCAUCGUCACCAUUCUACGCACCUCCGUCCUCUUCGGUGAUUGGCGAUCGUUCUUUCGAUACUGAACAAUUAUCGUUGUAUAGUAAACCGGUAAGCAUUAAAGAUUCAUCGAUGCACAUCACUGAAAAUGUUCAACAAGCAUCCGCAAACAGUUCAUAUCCACCGAUCACAACACCGAGAUCCUACGAAAGACACGACAAGAAAUCUGAUUAUCAAAUUAUGAGUGGUUCGAACGCGAAGGACGAUAGAAAUGCGACAGGUGGAUUUGAGGCGGUGAAAGAAGAGAGGAAGAAAGAGGAUGCAACGUUGUAUAGUUCUAAGAAUGCGUCGAAUAAAGAGAAGUCGAAUUGGCAAACGUUAGUGGAUUCAGAAGAUGAGACUAGUGAAGAAUACGAUGCUGGCGAUGAUGAUAGUGAGGAGGACGACGAAAACGAUGAAAAAGCCGGAGUAUCAGAUACGGAGACAAGAAAUUUAUUAGAGGAUGGCUUGGAAGACGACGAAGAUUAUCACGAUAGCGCGAAUAUAGCUUCUGAUGAUAUCAACACCUCUGCAACGCAGCACACCCCUAGCAUCAACAAUUUAGUAUCAGAGAAAGGAUCGACAAAUGAAGAUAAGAUGCAAGAACGGCUGUUAGCGUCAAAUAUAAGCGAUGAGUCAUUAUUCGAGAUGAGUCAUGAGCAAAUAGCUUACUAUAAGAAAUGUUUUGUCUAUCUCAUUGAACUUACUCAGGGAAUGGUGGAUUUGAAAGGAGCCGUGCACGGGGCGAAUGAGAAAGUGGUGGAAUUCUUCAAGAAGAGUGGUUUGAGUACGGAGACACUGUCGAAAAUUUGGACAUUGAGUGAUGUGAACGCUGACGGAUUUUUGGAUUUAGCCGAAUUCUCAACAGCGAUGCAUUUAAUUGUUCUAAAUCUCAAGGGUAAAAUCCCAGUGCCAGAUCAUCUACCGAAUUCGAUUCGUCCACCCCUAACACCUCAACGAAUGCUAAAUAAAACUACCAAUCAGUCAGUACCAGCAACGAAUCAAAGUAAUUGGAAACAAUUCGAUUUUGAUGAAUCUAAAGGGGAUAAUGCUCAAACCGUGCAACCAUCUUAUAGUAAUAAUGUAAACAAUCAUCAACAACACCAUCAUUCAUUGAGUGAUGAUCACCUACAUGUUCAUAUCAAUAAAUCGGAAACACCCGAGCAUUUGAGUGAUUUCUCCGAUGUUCCACCCUUAUUGGUGGACGGACGUCCAACUGCUUUAAAGGCUACACAACCGUUAAUUUGUCCGAGCACUCAACCGGCCGGAGCAGUAUCUCAACCGACAGCCAUCACUGCCAGUCGAGUACCACCUCCAUCGUCGUCAUCAUCACUGAAGUUGAUGAAUGAGGAAGCACUGCGGUUAACGUUAAGUCCAUCGCUUCCCAAAGGACCACCACCUAAGCCCCCUCCAAGACCAUCAAGCAAAGGACACGGUCGAAGUGCCAGUCUUGAUCUGAACACUCUUGCAAAUACAAAACUUGUUUGUUCAGCAAAUGGUAUGAAUAGUGGUAUGAUGUUGGCGCAAACACCACGUGGCGGCACUCUUCCAACACAAUCUUCAUUGAUGCGAUUCAACAACAAUAAUAGUGCAACUAAUUAUGUUUCACAACAGCAACAGCAAUCGGUGAUAUCUUCGACAUCAUCCAUAUCGCAGUCGUCGAAUAUACUACCACCGCAUUCAUCUGUUUCUCAAGUAUGCGGAUUGCAAACGCCUCCGUUGAGUGCACGACCGUCGUUCGCCGCUCCACCUCCACCCCGACGGUGCACAGUUCAAGAUUCCGAGACUCAAACUGAGCACGAUCAAGAUUCAACUGAUGCGAGUCGUAAUCGCCCACUAUCGUUGUCAUCCUCUAAACACAUGUCUGCAUCUUCAUUAACGCAACAACCUGAACUCAUCCAAUUCAAUGUUCAAUUGGAGAAACGUAUCGAACAGUUGCUUGCUGAUGAGAAUUUUGCGAUGAGUGAAAGUGAGAAGAAUGGGUCGGGCACGAGCGCGAAUAACGUGAACUGGAAGGAACGUUGCUGUCGGUUGCAGAAGUUGAAUGAGGAACUGGAAAUGGAACGCUGUAAAUUGGCACAGAUUCGUUUAGAACUUCAACAGAAACUUCAAGAUGUAUCUGGGAGGAGUGCAAAUGUGACGACUCCUUCUUCAAUCAAACCAACAUCUCUCUGA